UUCUUCUUGGUUACUUUCCAUUUUUCAUUUUAUAUAAAUACACAUAUCAUAUUCAUGUGUCUCAUCUUGUUGCAGAAAACACUCUGAAAAUACUAGGAACUAAAGUUUUGGCCUUUUGGGGUUGUUUCUCAAGAAUUAUCUGCAGUGGUCAAACACUGGUCAAAGUGUGAUCAAAAGAAGAAAAUUAACCACAACAAAAAUAGCUGAAGAUUUAAUUUCUAUUUCCCAUCAUCAUCAUCAUCAUCAUCAAGAAGAAAUAUUUGAAGAAAAAUUUGCAGUGUUUGUAAUUUUAAUUGAUGGCUGGAAGUAAUGAAAUCAAUGCAAAUGAAGCCAAGAAAGUGGUUCCACUACAUACAUGGAUCUUGAUAUCAAACUUCAAGUUAGCAUACAAUAUGCUCCGGCGACCAGACGGCACAUUCAACCGUGAACUCGCCGAGUUUCUUGACCGGAAAGUUGUCGCAAACACAGUUCCGAUUGAUGGGGUUUACUCGUUUGACGUCGUUGACCGGUCAACAAGUCUUUUAAACCGUAUUUACAGGUGUACAUCGCCGGAAAAUGAAACCUCCGGUACCGGAAUCAUAGAACUUGAAAAACCCUUAAGCACAACAGAAAUAGUCCCGGUUAUAAUAUUUUUCCACGGCGGCAGCUUCACACAUUCAUCAGCAAAUAGUGCAAUUUAUGACACAUUUUGCCGGAGACUCGCCGGACUAGUCAAAGGGGUUGUGGUUUCGGUCAACUACCGGCGGUCACCGGAGCACCGGUAUCCAUGUGCUUAUGAAGAUGGGUGGGAAGCUUUAAAAUGGGUUCACUCUAGAUCAUGGUUAUUAAGUGGUAAAGAGAAAAAAGUUCAUGUUUAUCUCGCCGGAGACAGCUCCGGCGGGAACAUUGCCCAUCAUGUGGCCCACAGGGCCGCAGUUUCGGGUGUAGAAGUACUCGGGAAUAUACUUCUACACCCGUUGUUUGGUGGGGAAGAGAGGACAGAAUCCGAAAAGAAUUUGGAUGGCAAAUAUUUUGUUAGAUUGGUUGAUAGAGAUUGGUAUUGGAGGGCAUUUUUACCCGAAGGUGAAGAUAGGGAUCAUCCGGCUUGUAAUAUAUUUGGGCCUCGUGGGUCGGAUCUAUCCGGGGUUAAGUUUCCUAAGAGUCUUGUAGUUGUAGCCGGGCUCGAUUUGGUUCAAGAUUGGCAAUUAGCUUAUGUUGAAGGGUUGCAAAAAUAUGGGCAAGAUGUGAAACUCUUGUUCUUGCAAAAGGCUACAAUUGGAUUCUAUUUCUUGCCAAACAAUGAGCAUUUCUAUACAUUGAUGGAGGAAAUGAAGAACUUUGUGACUUCAUAGAUUCCACUUGGGAAAAGCGCGAAAAGCUCAAAUUCGGGUUGAGUUGGGAGGAGGAGGAUAUACAUAACAAAAUCUUUUGACAUUUUUACUACUAGUAGUAGUAUUAUUUUGCAAGUUUCUUGUAAGAUCAUGAGCCGAGACGCGAUAGAUGGUCUUAAUUGUAUUGUUGGGUUUAAAAUUGGGAUUUCAUGGUAAGAAAUCCCUUGCUAAAUAUGAAGGAUUUCAUGGUAAGAAAUCCUAAUAGGUUGUUUUUUGAUGAUUGUUAAUGGAAGCUAACUUUGUCAAGCCCAUGUAAUAUUACCGAGUAUUAUUUCAUGUUAUAAUGAUUUACUCUUGGUAUAUAAACAUUUCUUUUGGCUUGUGAAUA